AUGACCCAAGACGCUAUGGUACAGCUUUUGGGAUUUCUACAGCAGCAGCAGCAGCAGCAGCAGCAGCAGCAGCAGCAGCAGCAGCAGCAGCAGCAGCAGCAGCAGCAGCAGCAGCAGCAGCAGCAGCCGCCGCCGCCGCCGCCUUCAAGACAUCCCCCAACGGCCUUCCCCACAGCCUUUCCAGCAGCCAUAAAACCAGGUGGAACCAGCGAACGGUCAGCUACAGCACAGCAUCUGCACAGCAGCGAGUCAAAUGAAAGGCCAGCGGCACAGCAGUCAGCACCAAUCUUUCCACAACAUGGAUCUAUCGCCCCACCUGCAGCGACACGCCCUGUUCCAUCCCCACCGCCGACGCCGUUUCUGCAUUCUUCUCCAACCCAACUUUCCAUGGGAGCAACAACAGCAUCAGCAUUGGCAGCAGCAACACCAGAUACAGCGGCAGGAGCAACAACAGCAACGACAUCAGCAGCAGCAGCAGCAGCAACAGCAGCAGCAGCAGCAGCAGCAGCAGCAGCAGCAGCAGCAGCAGCAGCAGCAGCAGCAGCAGCAGCAGCAGCAGCAGCAGCAGCAGCAGCAGCAGCAGCAGCAGCAGCAGCAGCAGCAGCAGCAGCAGCAGCAGCAGCAGCAGCAGCAGCAGCAGCAGCAGCAGCAGCAGCAGCAGCAGCAGCAGCAGCAGCAGCAGCGCCGCCGCUGCCGCCGCCUUCAAGACAUCCCCCAACGGCCUUCCCCACAGCCUUUCCAGCAGCCAUAAAACCAGGUGGAACCAGCGAACGGUCAGCUACAGCACAGCAUCUGCACAUCAGCGACGACACGCCCUGUUCCAUCCCCACCGCCGACGCCGUUUCUGCAUUCUUCUCCAACCCAACUUUCCAUGGGAGGUUCCUCACCAAGACAUACACUGGAUGGAAGAACUGA